CCCAUCUUCCUCUCUCUUUUGACGGAACUGCGUACUCGUAAUCAUUUUUAAACUUGUUUGGGAGUCGAAACUUCCAAGAUAGCAGAAACCUUCAGCAGUUUCUGAUAUUUUAAGACAAUGCAGCGAAUGUUAAGAUUAAAACGUGAACUUCAGAUGCUGAGUUGUGAGCCUCCACCAGGAAUAUCAUGCUGGCAGAAUGAAGACAAAAUUGAUCAACUGGAAGCCCAAAUUGUAGGUGGUUCCAAUACUCCGUAUGAGGGUGGUGUCUUUAAACUGGAGAUUGUAAUACCAGAGAGGUAUCCAUUUGAGCCACCAAAAAUGCGUUUCCUGACACCCAUAUACCAUCCCAAUAUUGACACAGCUGGUCGAAUCUGCCUAGAUGCUCUGAAACUUCCACCAAAGGGAGCUUGGAAACCUUCUCUAAACCUUUCAACUUUACUGACCUCAAUCCAGCUUUUAAUGGCUGAGCCCAACCCAGAUGAUCCUCUCAUGGCUGACAUUUCUUCUGAAUUUAAAUACAAUAAGCAGGUGUAUAUUAAAAAGGCUAAAACAUGGACAGAGAAACAUGCAAUACAGAAAAAUCAGGGUUCCAGUACCAUUGCUAAGGAAGUAGAUGAAGAGGCAACAAAUGGAAAGGCUCUACUCAAGAAAAGAGUCGCUACAAGUUCUGAGCUGGAGAAAGCAAAGAAAUGUUGCAUAUAAAGGAGUUGUAUAUGUAUUUGUGUUGUCUUUUUAUAUGUUAGAAAUAGUAUGUUUUUCUUUGGUUUUGUGUAAAAUGUUCAGAUCUGUUGUAAUUCUCUAAAACUGUGCUCAUUUUAUUCAGUAAUGCACUUUA